UUCAACGUUAACGAAUUUGACGUCAAUGAAUCUUCGACUAGAUUCGGCGUUGGUGGAACUCCAAUAUAAUCUGCGAAAGGAAAAGGGCGCGAAAUCGAUGGACUCACGUAAACGCGAGAAUCAGUUCAAAGAAUACGAAGCAGGACUGAACGAUCUGAAGAAGCUGUUCGACGAGCGAUGGAACCAGUCGAACUCGAGCUGCGGCAACGACUACGACGUGCGCCUCGAGGACUUUGAGCGGAUGCGCACCCUGGGCAUCGGCGCCUUCGGACGAGUCAUGCUCGUCAAGCUGCACCAGGACAGCACCUUCUACGCCAUGAAGAUUCUCGACAAAGUGAAAAUCGUCAAGCUGAAGCAAGUGGAAAACACCCACAGAGAAAAGAAGAUCCUGCAGUGCAUUCGCUUCCCCUUCGUCCUCUACCUGGACUUUUGCUUCAAGGACAACUCGUACAUCUACCUGGUGCUGCCCUUCAUCAACGGCGGCGAGAUGUUCAUUCAUCUGCGGCACAUGGGCAAGUUCGAGGAGAAUCUGGCGCGCUUCUACGCGGCCCAGGUCACCAUGGGACUCGAGUAUCUGCACAAGUGCGAGCUCAUCUAUCGCGACCUCAAGCCCGAGAACAUACUGAUCGAUCACACCGGCUACCUGCGCAUCACCGAUUUCGGAUUCACGAAGCACCUCAGCGAGACGUGGACGCUAUGCGGAACGCCCGAGUACAUAGCGCCCGAGAUCAUCCUCUACAAGGGCUACAACAAAUCCGUCGAUUGGUGGAGCUUCGGUGUUCUGCUCUACGAGAUGAACGCCGGCUACUCGCCCUUCUACUCGCAGAACCCCAUGAAGAUCUACGAGAAGAUAACCGCCGCCAGGUACAAAUUUCCCAAGACCUUCUCCGAGGACCUCAAGGAUCUCGUGAAGAAUCUGCUCCAGCUCGACCUGACGCGCAGGUACGGCAAUCUCAAGGGCGGCGCGCUCGACAUCAAAAAGCACAAGUGGCUCGCCAAAACCGACUUCAUGAAGAUUUAUCAGAGAGGCGUCACGCCGCCUUUCGUGCCCAACGUCGCCGGCCCAGGCGACGACAAAAACUUCGAUCGCUACGACGAGGAACCGUUGGAGGUUAAGAAUCAUAAUAUGUGCGCCGAAGAUUUCGCGAAUUUUUGA